AUGUUUGGCAUCCUGGGUGCCGUCAAUGUCGACAGCAACACCAAGACGUACACCUCCUUCGAGGAGCUGUUUGCCGCCCUCAAGGCGCGCAUGCAGAAGGAUGGCUACAAGGUCGUCAAGUCGCGCACGCAUCGCAACAAGGUCGGCGGCACGUACGAGAAGGGCAGCGAGGUGGUGCGAUGCGAUCUUGUCUGCGACCGCGGCGGCCAGCCGUACAAGUGCACCGCGACCCAGCUGAAGACGACGACCAAGAAGACAAACUGUCCAUGGAAGGCGAAGGCGGUCAAUCGCAAGACCAUGGGCGCAUGGCUCUUGACGGUCAUCUGCGACGAGCAUAACCACGAGCCGAGGACACCUGAUCCGCCGACAGAUGAGGAGGACGCCGAUGCUGAGGGGGAUGCCGAUGUUCAGGACGCAUCAGCAUUGCCCGAGCAGGACGACUCCAUCCCAACACCAGAUCCCGAAACGUCGCGAGCCCUUGCAGUAGCCGGCGUUUCCACCUCCCAGAUGCGACUCACCGGCGAUACCUUCCACAACUUUAAGACGGAAUACCGGAAGAUGUCCAAACCCGAGCGCAUGGGUAUUCUGGCUCAGCUGCAGCUGCGUGUAGCGGCUCUCUAUGCCAUUGAGAACGAGGAUAUACAAAGGCAAGAACGGCAGGCAAGGCAAGAGAGGAAACAUCAGGAGAUUGAAGACAACCGUCGCAAAUCUCAAAGCGCGCAGCAGACACAGCAACAGCAGCAGCAGCAACAAACGCAAGCUCAACCGCAACACCACCAGCAACCGCAACCACAACAACACCAACCGCAGCACCAAACGCACCAAUCACAUCAACAACACCAACAGCCACAGGCCCAGAAUCAUAACCAUAAUCACAACCACGCUCAUGCGCAUGCCCACAAUCGCGCCGCCCAGCAGCAGCAGAUGACGCAAAUGACGCGGGAUAGCAUGACGGGUAUGCCGAAACACCCGUUCGAGCAGUCGACCCACGAUGAGCACGCUCAAUACCGUGACCGGCAGGCGGAGGUUAGCAACCGCCACCAGCAGAACUUCAUGAACAUGGCGCGAGAGCACAUGGGCAACGCCGUGCAACAGACGCCCGUCCAGCAGACCCCGAUCCCGGUGCCGCAGUUCGGGAUGCAACAGGCGCCAGGGCCGAAUGCCAACAACGUCUUCCAGCACUACAGGAAUACGCCGGCAAACAACCCGGGAGCGUCGGCAGGCGGAGGAGGCACGCCGGCCCAGCAGAAGCGUCGAGGUCGGCCUACUAAGAAGAAUGCCAUGGACCAGCAGAGUCUUGACCCGAGCAUGCACAUGGGAAGGUAG